AUGGACAAGAGUUGGAUUGCGUUGGGUAAGACACCUGAUGGAAGGAUGAGUCAGCCAUUUAUUGAUGGGGUGACAUCAUUUAUUAAAUUUGCAAUAGCAGUUGUUGACCAAGAAGGUAAAAUUCUGUGCCCAUGUUUGAACUGUAUGAACUAUUAUUCCCAAAAUCUUCGAAAUGUGCAAAUUCAUUUACUUCAAUAUGGGAUUAUGCAAACGUACACUAUUUGGCAUGAGCAUAGGGAACCAUGUGUAUCAAAUGAGGCUCACCACGAUAUGGCAAUUGAUGAAGAAAAACGUUUAGGUGGUAUUGAUGCCUUAGUGGAAGAUCAAAUAAGAGGAGAACCCAAUGAUGCACCCCAGAGUGAGGAAGUACAAACGUUGGAUAAACUAUUGAAUGUUGCCAAACGUGAGGUGUACUUAGGUUGCACAAACUACACUCUGUUGAAGUUUGUCAUCGAGCUUCUUAAUAUGAAGGUAACAAACCAUUGGAGCAAUAAGUCGGUUGACACACUGUUGGAGUUUUUAACAAAACUUUUACCAAAAGAUAAUUUGGUUCCAAAGCCAUUUUAUGAAGCUAAGAAAAUACUUUGUGAUUUGGGCUUGUCAUAUGAAUUAAUUGAUGCUUGUAUAAAUGAUUGUGUACUCUUUUGGAAGGAAAAUACAAGGUUAGAUAAAUGUCCAAAAUGUAAGGCAUCCAGAUACAAGAUCAAUCGUGGCAGGGGUAAGAAGAUUCCCCAUAAGGUGUUGCGGUACUUCCCAUUGACACCAAGGUUGAAAAGAUUGUACAUGUCAAGGAAGACUGCUAAGGACAUGAGAUGGCACAAGGACAAACGUAUAGAUGAUGGAGUAUUGAGGCAUCCCGCCGAUAGUGAUGAGUGGAAGGAAUUUGAUACACAACAUCCUCAGUUUGUCGUGGAGCCUCGAAAUAUGAGGCUAGGGUUGGUUGUUGAUGGGUUUAAUCCUUUCGGGAACAUGAGCAACUCAUAUAGUUUGCAGCCUGUAGUACUCAUUCCUUAUAACUUGUCACCUUCCCUUUCUUAUGAUGUCAUUACUUAUUCUUGGAGAAUCACAACCAGGGAUCGAUAUUGA